AUGCCACCAGAUCGGUCUUCGUUUAGAGCGCUGAACUUACCUUCGAGCUUCACGCUGCCAGCAUGCAUGGAUUAUUUUACUCUUUCUGCCGGUCCUAAUACAGACUUGUGGAGGAAACCACCGAAUGGAGACACAUCGACGGCGCCCAUGGUCUUCACCUCCUUGCAACGCCCGUUUGUCGUGGCGGAGGUCACCAUCAGCGCUGACUGGGAAAUGGAAUGGGACCAAGGCGGACUCGUCAUCUUCGCUGGGAAUACUCCCAGCGCGUCGUUACCCACACAAACCCUGCGACCGUCAUCCGAAAUCAGCAUGCGCAGUCACAAUGCCAGGGCACCAUCGCAUUCUUCUUGCAAAUGGGUGAAAGCAGGCAUGGAGUUCUCUUCAGGCACUGUUAAUGCGGCCUCGGUCAGUGCAACCUCCGACGGGGCAGACUGGUGCUUGUCGCCGCUCGCUAUGCCCAAUAUACCGACGAAUAUCACAUCACUGCGAAUUAAACUUGAGCGAGUCGGGUAUUCGCUUUGGAUCUGGUAUCAGAUUCCGUCCCUGUCCCCGUACGCAGUCACGCCGGGAGCGGUUGGAAGUACGUGGAAGAAACUUCGCGAAGUCACUUGGUUUUUCUACGGAGUCGAGGACAAGUGUGUCCAUGUCGGAGUGUAUGCCAGCCGUCCAACAAGCAUGCCGAGGGGAGGCACGAUGUGGGAAGCCAUGAACGGCAUGCGACUGGACGAUAGGGGCGGCGGUGGCGUAGGAGACAACUUGGUUGUUGAGUUCGAGGAUCUCGAGAUAUUUUGA